AUGCCUGCGCUCGGUUUAACGUCGAACGAAAUCGGGGACAGUCCACUGCCAUUGGGUUUCAACAGUCGGCCCCCGGUGCCCGACGACGGACCGUUAUUGGCCGCCGAAGAUGGCCGGACGCCGAUGCAGAGCAUCGAUUUGAUCCGCGAGCGACUGGACCGCAUCAAGCAGCAGGAGGACAUCGAAAUCAAAUCGAAUCUGUUGAUGAAGCUGCUGGCGGAGUUGCCCCAGGGACCGCUGCCAAUUGUGUACGUCGAGGAUGCGGCCGGCUCACAAUCGGAGAGCAACAACGGAAUAACCAAGGAUAACAACGAUGCGGAUGACGACGAUGAUUACAAUGAUGGCGAACGUGAAGGACGGAUCGUGACUCAGCAGUUUACCAGCAACGGCUACAAACGGACUGGACGGUACUACCGGCCUUACCCCUGGAAGCGUCAGAACUCACGCAGUCAGACGUACCUAACCGACGCCCGCUAUCUGUGCGUUCCGAGCCGCGAUGAUGUCUUUAAGCUGCUGAUGGGCCUUCACGACAACCGCGCUGGCAACCCCCAGCAGCCGGUUAGCUUUUGUAACCGAAGGCGUCCGCCAAAGGCCAUCUUGACGAAGAUUCGGUUCUUUGGUUAA